CCCACACAAACAGAUACAUCGUUGGAUUUUCUUCAUCAUCUGAAUUUUUCCGGCGAUCUGGUACUAUUCGUAAUGGCCGCAAAAGGAGAGGGUCCGGCGAUCGGAAUCGAUCUCGGGACGACGUACUCGUGCGUCGGAGUAUGGCAACACGACCGUGUCGAGAUCAUCGCAAAUGACCAAGGAAACCGUACGACGCCGUCUUACGUCGCCUUCACCGACACCGAGCGUCUGAUCGGUGACGCCGCGAAGAACCAGGUCGCGAUGAACCCGAUCAACACCGUUUUCGAUGCCAAGCGGCUUAUCGGUAGGAGAUUCAGUGACUCUUCGGUGCAAGGCGAUAUCAAACUCUGGCCAUUCAAGGUCAUUCCCGGUCCUGCUGACAAGCCGAUGAUCGUGGUGAACUACAAGGGUGAGGAAAAGCAGUUUUCGGCGGAGGAAAUCUCGUCCAUGGUACUUGUCAAGAUGCGUGAGAUUGCGGAGGCUUAUCUUGGAACGUCUGUGAAGAACGCAGUGGUCACUGUCCCGGCUUAUUUCAAUGAUUCUCAACGUCAAGCCACAAAAGACGCUGGUGUCAUCGGCGGGCUCAAUGUCAUGCGUAUCAUCAACGAGCCAACAGCCGCCGCCAUUGCUUAUGGCCUCGACAAGAAAGCCACGAGUGUUGGUGAAAAGAACGUGCUGAUAUUUGACUUGGGCGGUGGCACAUUCGAUGUUUCUUUGCUUACGAUUGAAGAGGGUAUCUUCGAAGUGAAGGCCACGGCCGGUGAUACUCACCUUGGCGGUGAGGAUUUUGACAACAGAAUGGUCAACCAUUUUGUUCAGGAGUUCAAGAGGAAACACAAGAAGGAUAUUACCGGGAACCCGAGGGCUCUUAGGAGGCUGAGGACUGCAUGCGAAAGGGCAAAGAGAACUCUCUCGUCCACAGCUCAAACCACCAUCGAGAUCGAUUCUCUUUAUGAGGGUGUCGACUUCUACUCCACGUUCACUCGGGCAAGAUUCGAAGAACUCAACAUGGAUCUCUUCAGGAAAUGUAUGGAACCCGUUGAGAAGUGUUUGAGAGAUGCUAAGAUGGACAAGAGCACUGUGCAUGAUGUUGUCCUUGUCGGCGGCUCAACAAGAAUCCCCAAGGUCCAGCAACUUUUGCAGGACUUCUUCAAUGGCAAGGAGCUUUGCAAAAGCAUCAACCCUGACGAAGCCGUUGCCUAUGGUGCAGCUGUACAAGCAGCCAUAUUAAGUGGCGAAGGCAACGAGAAGGUUCAAGACCUCUUGUUGUUGGAUGUCACUCCCUUGUCGCUCGGUUUGGAAACAGCCGGCGGCGUGAUGACGGUUUUGAUCCCGAGAAACACGACCAUUCCGACCAAGAAGGAACAGGUCUUCUCGACCUAUUCAGACAACCAACCCGGUGUGCUUAUCCAAGUGUAUGAGGGCGAAAGAGCGAGAACACGGGACAACAACCUCUUGGGAAAGUUCGAGCUCACGGGCAUUCCUCCUGCACCACGAGGUGUCCCUCAAAUCACCGUCUGCUUUGAUAUUGACGCCAAUGGCAUCCUGAACGUGUCGGCUGAGGACAAAACCACUGGACAGAAGAACAAGAUCACGAUCACCAAUGACAAGGGAAGGCUGUCCAAGGAAGAGAUCGAGAAGAUGGUGCAAGAAGCCGAGAGGUACAAGGCCGAGGAUGAGGAACACAAGAAGAAAGUCGAGGCCAAGAACGCGUUGGAGAACUAUGCUUACAACAUGAGGAACACCAUCAGGGAUGAGAAGAUCGGAUCCAAACUCUCUCCCGACGACAAGAAGAAGAUCGAGGACACCAUCGAUGAAGCCAUCCAGUGGCUUGACAACAACCAGCUCGCGGAAGCAGACGAGUUCGAGGACAAGAUGAAGGAACUCGAGAGCAUCUGCAAUCCCAUCAUUGCUAAGAUGUACCAAGGCUCAGCAGCCAGCACAGAAGGCAAUGCAGAUGUAGAUGCAGAUGCUCCUCCUUCCGGUGGCAGCACCGCCGGUCCUAAGAUCGAAGAGGUCGACUAAACCACGACACGUCAUUUCAUACUCUUUCUUAUUUCCAGUAGAAUGAACUGAAACCUUGUGAAAAUUCUCUCUCUUUUUUUUUUUGUAACCAAAGUGAAUGCUACAUUGUUCUC